CAACACAUAACUUCCCUUCUUUUCUUGAUAUUAAUUAAACAAAAAAAUUUUAAUCACCUUCUUUGCUUCUUGAUUAUCCCUCUUUGCUUUGCUUUAAUUACUUUUAAUUCUCAAAUUUGAGAUUUGUUGUCCUUGUUGUAGUUCUAUUUGUUAGUUUCCUCUACUUUUUAUUUUUAUUUUUAAUCACAAAAAAUGACUAUGCAAGUAGAGGUACAAAAAAUCCAUGACCAAUUCAUGGUACCUCAAACCAAUGCAUUUGGCCAUAAUUUUAGGGACUACAACAACGUAGAAAAUGAAAGGCAAAAAGGGGUAGAAAAGUUCUAUAAAACACAACACAUAAAUCAAACCUAUGAGUUUGUCAAGAAAAUAAGACAAGAUUAUGCAAAAUUGGACAAGGCAGAAAUGAGCAUAUGGGAAUGUUGUGAAUUACUAAAUGAUGUUGUUGAUGAAAGUGAUCCUGAUUUAGAUGAACCACAAAUCCAACAUUUAUUACAAAGUGCUGAGGCAAUUAGAAAAAAUUAUCCUAAUGAAGAUUGGCUUCAUUUAACAGCUUUAAUUCAUGACUUAGGUAAAAUAAUUACUUUACCUAAGUUUGGUGGUCUACCUCAAUGGGCUGUUGUUGGUGACACAUUCCCUGUGGGAUGUGCAUUUGAUGAAUCAAUUAUCCACCACAAAUACUUUCAAGAAAAUCAAGAUUUUAACAACCCAAUUUACAACACAAAAUAUGGUGUAUAUUCUGAAAAUUGUGGACUAGAAAAUGUUAUGAUGUCAUUUGGUCAUGAUGACUAUAUGUACAUGGUUGCUAAAGAGAAUGGUACAACAUUGCCAUCAGCUGGACUUUUUAUUAUAAGGUAUCAUUCAUUUUAUCCAUUGCAUAAAAAUGGAGCUUAUAAACAUUUGAUGAAUGAAGAAGAUGAAGACAAUUUGAAGUGGCUUCAUAUUUUUAAUAAAUAUGAUUUAUAUAGCAAAAGCAAAGUUUAUGUUAAUGUGGAAGAGGUCAAGCCUUAUUACAUGUCUCUAAUUGAAAAGUAUUUUCCAGCAAAGCUGAGGUGGUGAAAAGGAGGUGAAGUUGUGAACAAAUUAAAUUUACAAUUGUAAGUAUAAUUUGUGUGUGUGGAUUAAAGGUGUAUUAUAGGUAAUAUUGAAGUAAUAGUACUAAGCUAAGUUGUGCAGAUUUUUCACUCUCGAUGUCGCAUUCAUGUCGGAUUUUCCAAAAUGUACACUAUUUUUGGAGAAUUUGAUAUAGACCCGCAGACAUUUUUGAAGAGUCUGAGCAACAUAGGCAAUAAGCACUGUUUAAUAGUGAUCUCUAAUGGGGAUGGAAUGGGAAAAGUUACUACUAUGUAAAAUUGUAAAUACCCAUUUUCUUAUCCUAAGAGGAAGUACUUGUACAAUAAUAUGUUAUAUUAAUAAAAUCUCAUACAAUAUUUAUAUAUA